UAUUUUGUUGUGAAUUUGGCAACGUCCGAAUCCGUUUUGUGUCAAUGUUCAUAUAGAUUUUAUUGAAAUUUGACGGAACGGGAAUGUCAGUCGUCAACAUGAUGUGGCAUAUCGUAAAACGGCCACUGUAAUUUUAAGUUUUUUUCGUAAUCCUGCCGAUAUUCUCGGCACGAAAUAAUUAUGUAAUUAAAAUUCGCAUGGUAAAUAAUCGUCUGCCGUACCGAAUAUACGCAUAUAGUACAAAAACGCGAAAACUCGAAAGUUUUUAAUUAACGACCAAAACACGUAUCGUUUAAUCGGAUUUACUAAAAGGCUGUGUUACACAUCGUAAAAUAUAUAACGAAAUGGAAUCCGUAGUACCAGAAUUCGAAGAAUUAAUGUUGUGCGGAUAUUGUAAGCAAAAGUUCAACGAAACCGACCAAAGUCCGAAACUGUUGUCCUGCAAACAUUAUUUUUGUUUGCAAUGCAUGCGCACGAAUCUGACCAAAGGCCAGGAACUGUACUGCGUACAUUGUUGGAAGAGAACCGAAAUCGGCGAACUAGGACCGGAAUCCCUGCCGACUUACAACCCCGUAUUGUGUCUAACCAAGAAUUUUUCCCAGUUGAAAUUGGGCGUGAAACCGCCCGAUAAAAAAGUGAUAUCGGAAAAUUGUCACACGCACGCCAUGCCUUUGGCGUUGUGGUGCCACACGUGUUGCUCGCCGGUAUGUCGCGCAUGCGCCACCACCACCGACCACUCCUCGCACCAAAUCAAAUCGCAAAACGAAGCUAAAGAUCAGCUAAUCGCCGAAUUACAAAUCGAUCUGGCAUCGAUGAACAAAAUGCUAUCCGAGAUACAAAGACUUAUAAUGCAACAGCGCGAAUUCUUACUUAAAAUAUUGGAGGCUUGCGUCACGUUGAAGACGUACGUCGAAGCGGAACUCACCAAUAACGUAUCGCAUUUCGAAUUGACCGACACCAGGGACACUUUGGCGAAAUUGCGCUUGAAUUUAUCGAUGGCGGAAAGUCUUUCGGACGUCCACAAUUUGUAUUCGAGCGUCAAUAUCGAAAAGCAACGUCUCCAACUCCGCUAUCAGGAGAUGUACCUCCAAUGCCAACUCGACGAUCUCAUCAGGAAUUCGAGCGUCAUAUUCGAUUUCCAAUUGUUGAAACAAGCGCUUAGUAAUAUACAUAACGGCGAAACGAUCUACCCAGGAAAUUCUCGAAUACUUCCCGCCUCCCAACAAAAUCCCAUUCUAUUUUUAGCGAAUUAUUGUAUGUCGCAACUUUAUUCUCGACAGAUGUUGUCCAAACAAACAGUCAACGGUAAUUUGGAUUACCACAACCACAAUUCCAUCCCGCCUAUCAACUACCUCCCUCACAAUCCACCCCAACCGCAUCUCGUUAUAUCCGCCCCGAAGAACAUCUAUCAGGAAAACAACAUCAUGGUGCAAAAUAUGAUGCCGUCGCCGCAAAUAAGAAACCCCGCGAGUAUGUGUCCCUUGUAUUAUUUCAAUAUCGAAGUGAGCGGUACGCAAUUGGGUAGAAUCGUCAUCGAAGUACGCGCCGACGUGGCCCCCAAGAUGGCCAAGAACUUUGGGGUGUUGACUACCGGCGAAGCCGGCAUGGGUUACAAGGGAUGCCACAUAUUUCAAUGCUGGGAAGGGGAGAGCGUCAUCACGGGGGAUUUCGAAUUGAAUAACGGUAGAGGCGGUAGAUCCAUUUUCGAGGAAUCGUAUUUUUUACCGGACGAUACCAAGUUGAUGGCGGUGAGGGGUACGGUCGGUAUGAGACGCACCCAAAAACGACACGAUAAUUUGGGUAUGGUCGGAUCGCAGUUUCGUAUUAUUUUGCAAGAGAUGCGAGGGUUCACGGGAAUUUUCGGACACGUCGUCGAAGGGUUGGAAUUAGUCGAAAAGAUAAGUACGUACGGGGAUACGGCGGGUAAACCGACGAAAAAUAUUUUGAUAUCGAAAUGUGGUAAACUGUAACGUUUCUUGUUUGUUUUCGUUUUUUUUUUGUUGUUGUUGUUGUUGUUAAGGCGAUUCGAAAAUCUAACACGAACAUAAUGUCGGUAAUUGUAAUUUGGAUUCAGUAAAAAUAUUAAUGCGACGAAUAUUAGGUAAGAUUUUAUUGAUUUUUUUUUUUAUAUAAAAAAGCAGUUUGCGUUGACUUUCACGAUAAUUUUCAAUCGAAAAUGAUGCUUAAUCUUAUUGUUAAGCAGAUUCCUGGGUAAAUAUUCUAUUAAAUUGAAAUUAUACGUGGUUACUGACUUUUUCCGCGGAAAAAAUUCCAUUUUAACAGCAGUUUCUGACUUUCCUCGCACCUUUUUAACUUUUAAACGUAAAAAUUUUUCUUAAAAUAUCACGGUGUCAAGAAUUUAUAACUUUUCCUGUGCCUUUUUCAACUUUUGAACGUAAAAUUUCGACAAAAACAGCAAUUUUUGAUUUUCGCGCGUCAAUUUUAACUUUUAAACGUGAAAAUGUUCAGUUCACAUGAAUUUACGACUAUUCCGGCACCUUUUCCAUUGUUUACAUGUGAAAAUUUUCAUGUACCCGCGCCCAUUCUCACAUGGUCAUAGUAACAGAAAUUUAUAAUUUUUCCCGCGUCUAUUUCAACUUUUAAACGUAAAAAUGUUACAGUGACAAGAAUUUAUAACUUUUCCCGCCCUUUUUUUAACUUUCAAACGUAAAAAUGUCACGUUGCCAGCAACUUAAAACUUUUACCGCGCAUUUAACUUUCAAUCGUAAAAAUUUCCAUGGUAAUAGGAACUUUUAACUUUUCCCGCACCUAUUCCAUUGUUUAAACGUGAAAAAUUUCCAUAGUAACAGCAGUUCUGACUUUUCCCGCGUCUAUUUAGUCCCAUAUCGGCUGCUCGGACUACUAACUAAGUCAAUAAUAACUAUUUAAACAAUGCUUAGAAUUGUUCUGUCAUUGUUUAGUCAAAAAUAGGCUAUUUUGACUUGGUGAUUUUAUAUUUAAGUCAAUAAGACUCGUCAGUUAAUAUUUUGACUUUGUGAAAAAGUGGCAAGUCAAUAGUAAUCGUUAUGAGACUUUUUAGUUAUAAUUUCAUACCAUUCCGACAAUUAGUUAAUCUACAAUUAGCUACUUUAUCUUCAUAAGACUCUUAACUGAGUCAAUAGUAGCUGUUCUGUCGCGUUUUAGUUAGAACUUAAUACUAUUCUGACAUUAUACAAUCGAAAAUUAGCUAAUCUGACUUGAUAAGUAAAUUUCUAAUCAAAAUUUUAGUCAAAAUGUGUUAAUAUUCUGACGUUAUCUAGUUAAAAAUUCGCUAUUCCAAUUUAAUGUAAAUCUUUAGUAACUAUUCUGAUAAAUUUGAUUCAAAAUUCAAUAAUAACGACAUUAUUAUCUAUUCUGACUUUCUACGACAGUAAUUAAUUAAAUAGUAGCUGUUCUGUGACGUUUUUGAUGAAAUUUGGUUGUAUCUGACAUACAGCUAUUCUAAUAAUAACUUAGUGAACAAAUAAUAGCUAUUCUGACUUUUGUAAUAGCAAUCAAUUGGAUAUUAACUAUUCUGAUAUUUUUUAGUUAAAUUUUAGUACUACUCCAACAUCAAUUCACCCGAAAUUUACUAAGCUGAUUUCGUUUAGUAAUAACUAAGUCGAUAUUAGCUAUUUUUACACUUUUUAUUUAAAGUUUAGUACUACUUCGACUUCGUUUAAGAAUAACUAAGUCAAUAACACCUAUUCUGAUACUUUAGCUAAAAGUUUAGUACUAUUUUGAAUUCUUUUAAUAAUAACUAAGUCAAUAUUAGCUAUUUUGACAUUUGUCAUUUAAAGUUUAGUACUAUUAUGACUUCGUUUAAUCAUAACUAAGUCAAUACUAGCUAUUUUGAUACUUUUUUUCACAAUUUAGUACUAUUUUGACUUAUUUUAGUAAUAACUAAGUCAAUAUCAGCUAUUCUGAUACUUUUUAUUUAAAAUUUAGUACUAUUAUGACUUUUUUUAAUAAUAACUAAGUCAAUAACAGCUAUUCUGAUACUUUUUAGCUAAAUUUUAGUACUAUUUCGACUUCUUUUAGUAAUAACUAAGUCAAUAUCAGAUAUUCUGAUACUUUUGGCUGAUGUUUAGUACUAUUUUGAGUUAUUUUAAUAAUAACUGAGUCAAUACUAGCUGUUUUGAUACUUUUUAGUGAAUAUUAGCUAUUCUACGACUGUAUUUCGUUAAGAAAAAGCCCGCGCAAACUGCUUAAAGACGUAUAUCCAUCUUUUUGGUUUCGUAGAUAUUACGACAUAUCUUUUUAUUUAAUUGAGAAAAUUUAAACGUCAAAAAUAUAAAAAAUAUAUACGUGUAUAAUAAAAAAAAGAAAAAAAUGUAUUUGUGUAUAAAUGAAGCAAUUGACUAGAUGUUUUUUAAUGUGUAGCUUGAGUCAAACUGCAAUUUUAGCUUCCUCUGGUUGUUAAAAACAGAAUAUCAAAAAAAUUUGGGAAAAAAAAUUAAAAAUAGUAACGAUUUACUUCCAAUAAACAAAACGAAACCGUAUUUCUUAGUACAAUUCUAUCUAUUCGAGAAAGAAAAAAAAAUGAAAACAAAUAUAUAUAUAUAUAUAUAUCUAUAUAUACCGUGUUAGCUUAAAAAAAACCUAUCGAAUUCCGAAAUAUACUAUAUUUUCUUAAAUAUGCAAAAAUAUAUAGAUAAAAAUAGAUAUUUUUAUUGUUGUCGUUUUUAGCUUUAGCUUUUAAGUGUAAUUUGUUAUGUUUGGAAGAGCGUACGAAAUGUUAAAGAUAAAUAUAGUUUAAAACACGAAAAUUUCGCAGGGAAAAUUCAAUAAUAUGAAUAAACCAGUACUUUAUUUGUGACUUGGCAACAUCUCGUAUCUACAAAACAUAUAUCGACAUACUACUUAGAUUAGACAACCGUAAAUCGACGAUCAAAGACAAAGAGGUUUCCUUAAAAGUGAAUACAAUUAGUAUUUGUCUAUGAACAGCCUACGUUGUUCCUUUUUUUGGAAACAAGACCUAUCGGGGCCCGAAACUAACACGAGCGCGGUUUAAACACUUGAAAAGGUCUCACAAUUUGACCUAAUAACAUCAAAAGUGACCUAUGAACUGUCGGGAUGUUCUUUACGUGGUAAUCCAUCUGAUUGGGUUCAAAAAACUUUUUCGUGCCAGUUAUAGAUUGUUUCGGACCUCUCGGUGUCUUAAAUCGAAUUAUUCAUCGGUCAAAUAGGAUAGGAGCUUUUGUCGAGUCACUACGCCCUUAAUUAGCAAACUGUGAAUCUAGCACAAACUUUAUUCAAGGCUGAUCCGUUUUUGUUCCCAGUUAUAAUAAAAAAAAUUGGCAAAGGUAUCAUUUUUAUUUCAAUAUUUACCCUAUCCGUACGUAAAUAGCAACCCAUGUAUAAUUUAAGAAAUUAUCCACUGAAUGAAUUAUGAAUCUACGAUGGAAUUAAACUAUUUAAACGAAAGUAUCGAAUCGCCGUGCAAUGCUCGACACGAUUCACUUAUGUAUGUCGACUGUCGGGUACGAAAUAAUUCGUUAGCAAAUUUUAACGCAAUUUCUGUUCUUUACUCGUGUUUAUUUUAUCUUUUGAACGUAAAAAUUCCAUUUCAAAAGUAAUUUCCGACUUUCUCACGCAUAUUUCAUCUUUUCAACGUGAAAAUUUCGUGUUAACAGUAAUUUCCGACUUUUCCCACGCAUGUUUUAUCUUUUAAACGUAAAAAAUUUAUGUUAACAGUAACUUCCGACAUUUCCCACGCAUAUUUCAUCUUUAAAACGUAAAAAUUCCAUGUCAACAGUAAUUUCUGACUUUCCUCGUAUAUUUUAUCUUUCAAACGUUAAAUUCCGUGCCAAUAGCGGCAUUUUUAUACUUUUCCCUUGCCCUGUUGCCCUGUUGCCGUAUCCAUACGUAAAUUAAAUUUAAUUGUAUUGAAUCACCGUGCAAUGCCCGAGACGAUUCACUUUAACACGUUAACUGCCAACUAUGAAAUAACUCGUAAUCAACCUUCCCGAAGAGAUAUAAUUCAAAUAUUUUUUUUCAGUAUUAGUACUACUAUUAAAUGAAAUUAUAAAAAUAGCCUCGGCAGUCAACGUGUUAACUUUCUAAUUGUGCUUUUGACAGUUUUGUUUCGAUUUAGAAACGGGAUCAGCACUCGAAAUAUUUUUACAUCAAACAGUUGGAGACCAUAGAUCUAUAUAUAAAUCUAGAGCUAACUUUUCCAGGACGAAAUUGUUCUAGGUUAUUAGCUCUAAAUCCAACUAGGUAUAAAGGAGCGUAUUCCAUUUUGUUUUUAUAUGGUGGAAAGGUAAAAAAAUUUCCACUAGGCCAUAAAGGAAAGCAAACGUGUUUUUGUUGAGAAAAGUGAAUACGAAGGUGGUUCCAUGAGUACCCAAACUCGAUAAAAAAAAACUCUGAUAAGUUACGAAUUUACUCAAUUUUUCAACUCAGUCAAUUGCUUUGUAGACAUCCAUCGAAUUCAAUCACCCAAUCGAUCUUAUAAGCAGUUCAAAUAACCAUUUCGAAACGAUUACUUUUGGUAUCACCCUCGUAUGUUACGUUAGUUAAUCUAAUACGUCUAUUAUAUGAUUUCGUUGAAGUGUGGCAAUAUAUCGUAACUUUUUUUAUGUUUUUUUUUUGAUCGAUACGCGCCUUUACAUAACCUCAAUUUACGUCAAAUUUCUUAUUUGAAUGUUUAUUGUAAAUGUUGCACUUAUUUUUAUAUAUGUACAUGUAAUAUACAGUAUGUUACUUUGCAUUAGUACGUUUUGUAUUUUCUCGAACUUUUCUUUAUUUAUAAUUUAUUAAUUUAUGAUAAUUGUACCUUAUAUUAAGUUAAUUAAGUGUGAAUGGAGUUGUAUGACAUUUAAAAAAUGGAAGAUGCAAACAAAUAUUGAUAAAACGAUCGAAUUUCGAGAUCUAAUUCAUGGAAACAUGGAGAUAUAUUUUGUUAAUUGAUGUUAGGGAUAUGAAAAAACAAUUCUAAUCGAAAUAUCUGGAAUAACUUUUAAUAAAUCUUAUAUUUACGUUUAUAUAAUUUGUAUAGUAAAUUUUCGAUGUUCAUAGAGGUCAAUAUCGAGUAUAUUUUCAAUAAACAGCUGAUAAUGUAUAUACAGUGUGUCCCAUUCGACUCGCAAUAUACAGCAAACAUUUCUUUUAAUAAAUUUUCAAAAAAAUGUGUAAAAAUUGAAUUGCAACCGUCAUAUAUUGAAAAUUAUUAGUUGUAUACGAGGUAUUUUGAAAGAUAUUAAUUAUACAUUAAAUAUUUAAGGUCUAAGGGUUUAAAAAUUAUGUUUAUAGCAUGUCGUAAAAUCUUUCUGUACAGUGGGAUUAAAUUUGAUGAAAAAAAUAUUCAAUGACUUUUUUUUAUUAAAAUUAUUGCAUCUUUUCGGACGUAUUGAGUCGAUUUUAUAAAAAAUUUUGUAUCAAAAUGCUACAAUCAAUUUUUUUGUGGGGGGCUACAAAAUAACUGAAAACUACUUCGAAAAUGACUUUUUUUGAAAAUAUCUCAAAAAUAUAUGAAAAAAAUUAGUUUUAACAUCAUACUAGACUUUUUAUACAAUUUUUUUGGAUUAUUAAUAGAAAAAUGGCGGUUUUAAUAAGGCAUAUUAUGGGGUGUUUUCGGAAACUAUGGUCGGGUUAACAGAAUCAUGAUCUGAAUGUUCGGAAAGCAAUCAGGAUCCCGUUCACUUUCAUUAGGAAACUGCAAAUAAAUGUUAUUGAUUUUGGGUCUCUCUCUAUACCACGAGAUAUUAACAAAGAAAAAAGAUACUUUGCCAUAUUUGAUAACUUUGGGCCCCUGUAUCUUGGAAACUGGUCGUAUUUGAUUUUAAAUUUGAUAUUUUUCGAAUGAAGCAAAACUUUUUCAAUCGAUAGAGACUUUAUUUGAUGAUCCAAGUUCAACUUACCAAGAGAUAUCAGCAAAAAUAAAUUAUUUGUAGUUUUCUAUUACUUUGGGGCCCUGUAUAUCGAGAAAUCGCCAAAGUUCAUUGCGAAUUUGACGUUUUUUUAUUAGAACAACGUUUUUUCAAUAAAUUGAGAGGUUAUUUGAUCUUCUAAGGUCAAUAUAUCAAAAAAUAUUAGCUAAGAGACAUACUUUGUGACUUUCAUUAAUUUUGAGGUCCUGUAUCUUGGAAACUGGUCAUAUUUUAUUAUAAACUUGACAAUUUUCAAGUAGAGCGAUUCUUUCUCAAUCAAUAGAGACUUUAUUUGAUGUUCUAAGUUUGGUACAUCAGAAGAUAUGAGCAAACAGGGGCUAAUUUGACAUUUUCAAUAACUUUGAGGCCCCGUAUCUCGUAAGCUAGCGAAAUUUUAUUCAAAAAUUAUCACUUCUCGGAUAAAUCUACUCUUUCUCAAUAAAUAGAGAUUUUAUGUGAUAUUCUAAUUUAACUAUACAGGGAGAUAUGAACAAAAACAAAUGGAAUGUAGUUUUCAUUAACUUUGGGGCCCUGUAUCUUGGAAACUGCUCAUAUUUUAUUAUAAAAUUGAUAUUUUUCGAAUAGAGCGAUUCUUUCUCAAUCAAUAGAGACUUUAUUUGAUGUUCUAAGUUAGGUAUAUUAGGAGAUAUAAGCAAACACAGUCAAUUUAACAUUUUCAAUAAGUUUGAGGCCGUGUAUCUUAGAAACUCAUCAUAUUUCUGUAAAAAAUUAACGCGUUUUCAGUGGAGGAACUCUUUCUUAGUCGAUAGAGACAUUAUUUGAAGUUCUAUGUAAACUAUACUAUGAGAUAUAAUGAAAAAGACAUAUAUUGUAGUUUUUAAUAAUUUUGAAGCCCUGUAUCUUGAAAACCAGUAAGAUUUCAUUGUAAAAUUAACACUUCACUUGUAGAGCAACUCUUUCUCUAUCUAAAGAGAAUUUAUUUGAUGAUUUAAGUUGAGUAUAUCAGGAGAUAUAAUUAAAAACAAAUAUUUUCUAGUUUUCAAUAACUUUGAGACCCUAUAUUUUGGAAACUGACGAUAUUUCAAAGGAAAUUUGACCCUUGCUAAUUAAAAGAACUAUUUCUUAAUCGUUAGGGACAUUAUUUGAGGUUCUAAGUGAACUGUAGUACAAGAUAUGAGCAAAAACAAAUGUUUUUCAACUUUAAAGCCCCGUAUCUAGAAAAUUGACGAUAUUUCAUAGGAAAAGUGACACUUGCCAAGUAGGGGACUAUUUCUCAAUCGAUAGAGACAUUAUUUGGGGUUCUAGGUAAACUGUAGUACUAGAUAUGAGCAAAAACAAAUAUUUUUCAACUUUAAAGCCCCGUAUCUUGGAAAUUGACGAUAUUUCAUGGGAAAAGUAACGCUUGCUAAGUAGGGGAACUAUUUUUCAAUCGAUAGAGACAUUAUUUGGAAUUCUAAGUGAACUAUAGUACAAGAUAUGAGCAAAAACAAAUAUUCUUCAACUUUAAAGCCCCGUAUCUUAGAAAUUGGCGAUAUUUCAUUGUAAAAUCGACACUUUUCAUGUAGAUCAACUCUUUCUUAAUAAAUAUCAAUUUCAAUUGAUGUUCUAAGUUUAGUAUACCAUGAGAUAUAAUUAAAAACAAAUAUUUUGUAGUUUUCAUUAACUUUGAAACCCUGUAUCUCGAAAACUGGUCAUAUUUCUAUAGAAAAUUGACAAUGGAUAAUAUUUUUGGCCCAAUUGGAUGCUAGUAACCUUUCUACUCAAAAUUCUAAUAAGCAGAUUGCGAUUUCUGUUAUUUUUUUUGGUUUUAGUUAUAAAAAUAAUAUUGAACUAUGGCGUAAAAUCCGUACGGUUUGGAAAAUCCGCUCAAAAAUACAUAAAAUCUAUUACAAAGUUGGAUAAAUAUGUUAAGAUGGAGCAAUCAGCCGAUAAGGUCAUCGACCCGAUCGAGGAUCCGAAAAACCCCGUCGUAUAUCUUUAUGUUUCCAUAGUUUUCUCGCGCACUGUAUACACAAAUAUUAUAAGUGUUUUAAUCGAAGUUAUGUAGACAAUGAGCAACCAAAGUUUUUAUUCUUUUUCUUUACGAAGAAUUUUUUUCUUAUUUAAAUAACUAGAAUAGUUGUAAGUGCGGUAAAACGGUUAAUUAAUAAUUGUUAAUUUACGUUUAAUUUUAUAUUGUAAGUUCAAAAUGUCAGUCGGGUAUAUUUUAAAUCUCGUAUUAUGAAAAUUUAAUCAACAUUCAAAAAAAAAAAUUAAGAAAAUCAUAUAGCAUUUAUAAAUGUUAUCGUAGCGGAAAUAAAAUUUUAUUUUCAA